CAGAGAGGCGUAGGUAAUGACUACAGGAAGCACGAGGCUUUUUACAGGACUCAAGCAUACGUGAACCGAAAGAAACAAGCUGAAGGAUUCGCUUUAACUACUAUUCAAAAGAACCCCAAGCAGCGCUGUAUAGGUUUGUGUUAGGUCGCUGCCCGCCUUGAAAUCGGACUGAGAGGAGCCACGUUCUCAGAGUGCCCGUGCUGGACAUAGAGAGGGAGCUCACUUGGCGGAGAAGGACCAGGGCAUCUUCUCUUCAAGCUCCCUGAGACAAAGGCCUGCUGCUGCCCGGGAAAGCCCACCGCUGGUAAUUACGAAAAAGGAGGUGGUACCCGGGCCUUCCUGCCCCCUGUGGUCGUUUUAGACUCCGCACGUCCCCCCAUUUCUCCGGCUGCUGCCGCAGAGCGGAGGGGGCAGCUCAGUGUGUGUCGUUGUGAGGGAACAAAAUGGCUCGGCCCAGGCCUCGGGAUUACAAAGCAGGAGAACUGGUGUUUGCCAAAAUGAAGGGAUACCCGCACUGGCCUGCCAGGAUUGAUGAACUUCCGGAGGGAGCUGUGAAACCACCAGCAAACAAGUUCCCAAUUUUCUUCUUUGGCACCCAUGAAACUGCAUUUUUGGGUCCUAAGGAUCUUUUCCCUUACAAGGAAUAUAAAGAAAAGUUUGGGAAGUCAAACAAGAGAAAAGGAUUUAAUGAAGGUUUAUGGGAAAUAGAAAAUAAUCCUGGUGUGAAAUUUACAGGAUAUCAGGCUAUACAGCAGCAGAGCUCUUCGGAAACUGAGGGAGAAGGAGGCAAUGCAGCAGAUGGCAGCAGUGAAGAAGAUGGAGACCGUGUUGAUGAAGACGGAAAAGGCAAAAGAAAGAACGAGAAAGCAGGUUCUAAGCGGAAGAAGUCAUAUGCUUCAAAGAAAUCAUCCAAGCUGUCUCGGAAAUCUUCAGUAGACGAUGGGGAAAAAGAUAGUAAAGACGAAAUGAAUAAGAGUGGCUCGGAGGCAGGCGAUGUGGACAACGAUACAAGAAAUGCUUCAGAAGUGCAGAAAAGCAGUGCGGGGAAUGUUUAUGCAAGAGUUGGGGGCCGUAAGAAAAGCACAGAUCCUAAAGAGAAAUUAUAACUCUUAGUGGCACACAGGCAAGAUUUGACUUAACAAGGUACUUCAUACUGUGGAAAGAGAGUUCUGAAUUUCGCUGUGCAGUAUUCUUGGAUUUGAUAUAACUCAACGCAUUUCAUUGUUGCUACCAUGUUUUCUCUGUUGUGUUUGCUGGCAUCACCAGUCUCACCUCUUGGGACAGCCUUUCAUUUCACAUUGUUCUGUUGCAUGAAUUUGCCCUUUUACAAGAUAAGAGCUUACAGAAUUCCACAGCCUUUGAUAUGGACACAUUUUUGAAUCACCAAGAACACAGAGCAACUCAUCUAAAGCUGGCCCAAUCAUAAUCCCUGUUUUCGGGGGGGCCCUAAUAAUAUAUAUAAUAGCGUUGACAGGCAGCAAAUUUAAGUGGACCUGUCACCUACAUAGAAAAGCUGCAUAAUGAAAGUCCUUUGCAAAUCCAUACCUGUUAUAAAGGUAUUUAAAUAUUUGAGCUGUCAAUCAAAUAGUAUCUGCCCCGCCUCUAUGCCUGAGGCAUAGAGGUGGGGCAGCCAAUCACUUUCACUUUCAAAUCAGCACUUCCUACGUCACUGCACUUCUUACAUUGCCCCUCCCCUCCCCAGGCCCUAUAAUUAUGUAUGACACUGUGUAUGGGCUUUAGGUUCCCCAUUCUAUUGCUUACACAAGAUUUUGGGGUGAUACACAAUUUAUUGAAAUAAAAAUGGCUGCUGCCUGCUUGGUGUGAUAGUGUAAUUCCAAGAGUGAAGAAAACAAAAUUUAAACAAUAAAUAUAGUGCAAGUACAGUUUAUUUUGCUCAACGAACAUGAUAGAAAAGAAUUUGGAACUGUUUUUUAGAGUGAAAGGUCCCCUUUAAAAUGGGUUUACAGGGCAAAGCAAUCAACAUGGUACAAAAUGGUACAAAAAUGUCCAUCUAUAUAUAUAUUCUAUAUAUCUGGCUGUAACUUUAAAUGUGUCUAGUUCUAGGUUCCAUCACUAUUUCCUUUAUAGUUAC